AAAAAAAAAAAGCUCAACCCCUAGUUUUAUUUUUUUCUUUUUCUUUUUUUUUUUCUUCUUCACAUAUUUUUCUUUCUCCAAUGGCAGAAGUACAAGAAAAGGCACAACAAUUGACAGAAAACGUUGUCGAAGGUCAAGUCCCUGAAGAAGUUGAAGAAACUUACCAGUUGACUAUCAAGUUACCCGGAGACCUUGAUGAUAUUAAAAUCAUUACCAGUCCUCGUGAAACUGUUCAGGAUAUUAAACAAUCGAUUAUGGAAUCCCCUGAUACAUGUGCCAACUCAUGCUUUUAUUUAUCCUUGAACGGUAAGAGAGUCAACGACUAUUUGGAAUUGGGUGAAAUUGAAGGAAUUACACCUGAAAGUGAGCUUGUCAUGGUUGAAGAUAAAUACACUGAACGUGAUGUCAGACUUCAUGUGAGUCGUCUUCGUGAUUUAUUGGGUGGUCCUUACAAGCCCAACCCUUCCACCAUUGGUAUCGAUCCUGCCAUUUCCUUCUUGACAGCCAUCACUGGUGAAAUCGACGAAGAAAUCAACAACGAUGCCGAUAAAAAGAUGGACGAGUUAUUCUCUGAUGAACCUAUUCCCGAACACGCCUUUUCCAAGUUCAACAUGGACGAGCGUGCCAAACUCUCCAACAUUGUACCUGCCGAUUUCAAGCGUGUCGCUCCCGAAUGCAUCAAGAGUUUGACUCUUUCUGGCUGGAACCCUGUCCCCCACAGACAAAGAUUGAAGGGCGAUCUUCUUUAUUUGGCCGUUAGCACCUUGGAAGGAGAAAUCAUCCAUAUCACUGCUUCCACCAAGGGAUUCUUUGUCAACAAUUCAUCCAAUAACAAGUUUGAUGCUUCCCCUAGUACCACGAAGCGUGCUUCUGCUCAUUCUCUCAUCACGCUCUUGCAAAAGAUCUCUCCCUCUUUCCAAGCCAAGUUCAUUGAAUUGCAAGAUUUCAUCACACGCCAUCAUAUGUUGGAAGUCCUUCCUGUCAACACUUACUAUCCUAGUCAUCCUUGGGCUGUUGAGAACCCUCAAGUUCUAUUUGAUCCUUCCAGACCCUGUGAGACUUACUUGAACUCUGGUUCUGACGCUGUCGAAUCACUUCGUGACUGGAACGAUGAACUUCAAUCUCAUCGCGAGUUACCCAAGACCAUGUUACAAGAGCGUGUUUUACGUGAACGUUUGAUCACCAAGGUACAAGCCGAGUUCACUGAGGCUGCUGUACGUGGUGCUAUGGCUGUUGUCAAUGGCUCUGUCAUUCCUUUAAACCCUCUUGAGGCCGAAGAAUCUCAAAUGUUUGUCUAUAACAAUAUCUUUUUCAGUAAAGGUAACGAUGGUCGUGGUACUUUUGAGACAUUGGGUGCUGACGAGGCUGCUCAUGUGGCUACCGGUAAGGAUUUGGAAGGUGUCAAGAUCUUGAACAGUAUUGAUGCUGAGGGACUUUACACCUUGGCUAGUGUUGUAGUUGAUUACAAGGGUAUUCGUAUCGUAGCUCAAAGUAUCGUACCUGGUAUCUUCCGUCGUCAAGAUGAAAAUUCCAUUGUCUACGGUUCAGUUGAUAAUGGCGUUCAAAUCUCUUCCGAUCCUACUUUCCAUGAAGCCAUCGGUAAUGAUGUAGCUAAAGCACUUCAUUUGGCUGAACAUACCGUCAUCGAUGAAGCUGGAUCUGAAGUCAAGCUUUUCACUUCUCAGGAAACCAAGGGUCUUUUGGGCGCUGAUGGUCGUCGUUACAUGUUGGAUCUCUAUCGUUUGAACCCUGUUGAUAUCGAAUUUGUGGAUUCUGAGUGUGUUGAUAAGGAUGAUAUGCCUGCCUAUCCUCACAAGAUGACCUUGUUGAGACCUGAAUUAAUGAGUUUGUUCUGGGAGCACAAGUUUAGACAAUGGGUCAAGGCCAAGACCGAUCAAUUGAAGAAGGAAAGAGAUGCUGCCAAGCCUACUGCUGUUGAAGGUACCCCAGUGAAGACUGAAGAGGCCAAGACCGAAGAGGCCAAGACUGAAGAGGCCAAGACUGACGAAGUAGCUGCUCCUGCUGCUGCUGAACAAGAGGAAGAGGAAGAUUUCAAGAUUGAUGUGAAUGAAUUCAAGCUUACUUUCAACACUGAUGUGUUCACCUCUGCUAGACAACCCAGCGGUGAAGAAACCACACAACAAGAACAAGUGAUUCGUGAAGCCUCUAAGUUCUUGACAGAAGAGAUCCUCCCCAGUCUCGUUUUUGAUUUUGCAUCUUACACUAUUUCACCUUUAGAUGGAGAUGCACUUACCAAGGCUAUGCAUCGUCGUGGUAUCAACAUGCGUUAUCUCGGUAAACUUGCGCAAUUGGUGUCACUUAGCAAGGACAAGCGUAUUGAGCAUAUUCAUCAAUUGGCUGUACAAGAAAUGAUUGUGCGUGCUUCUAAGCGUCUUCUUCGUAAGUACCUUGUUGCAUGCCCCGUAGAAGAAAGUAGUCUCUGUAUUGCCCACUUCUUGAACUGUUUGAUCGGUACAACUUUCAACCCUAAGCCCACACCUGUCUUACCUGAAGGAAGCAACCGUAAUGAUUUUGAAUGGGCUCAAUUGACACCCGCUAUCUUAAAGACUUUAUUGGCUCAACAAGUGCUCCUUCGUUUCCGUUACAAGCUCUCUGAGGAUAGUGUGGAUCAACUCAAGUUCUUGCCUACACUUCGUGAACUCUGUAUCCGUACUGGUGUGCAAGUCAAUGCCCGUGAUUACCGUACCCAUGCUUAUACCGAAGAAGAACGUGCAGCCUUCACUGCUGAAGAUUCCGCUCAUCAAGCAGCACUUGAUCGUAAGAAGCAAGAGCAAUCUCAUGCUCGUGGUAAGAAGGCCAAGAAACAACAACAAGCUGUUACUAGCCGACCUACACGUCGUACCACGACAUUCAUCCCUGAAGAUAUUUUGAACUUGAUGCCUACUGUAAAGCAAGCUUCCUCCAGAAGUGUCUUUGCUGAAGAGACAUUUGAAGCUGGUAAGAUGAGUAUCUCUCAAGGUCAUCGUCAAUUAGGUUUGGAACUCUUGUUGGAAUCAUUGGCUUUACAUGAACAAACUUACGGUUUCUUACAUCCCGAGACGAGUAAAUGUUAUGCUACCUUGGCCAUGAUUUAUCAUCAUAGUGAAGAUCGUGAAUCUGCUUUGGAUCUUCAACGCAAGGCAGUGAUUUCUGCUGAAAGAACCUGUGGUAUUGAUCAUCCUGAGACCAUCCAUCAUUACUUGAACCUUGGUUUGUUUGAGCAUGCUGGUGGACGUACUAAACUUGCGCUCCGUUAUAUCCAACACGCCUUAUACUACUGGGAUCUUCUUUUCGGUCCCGGUCACCCCGACUCUGCCACAGCUGAUAACAAUGCGGGUGUAAUGCUUCAAUCGCUUCGUGAUUACAAGACAAGUACCAAGUUCUUUGAGAGAGCUUGUAACACACAUGAGAAUAUUUUGGGUAAAGACCACGUGUUGACAGCCACUGGUUACCAUGUACUUGCCAAGGCGUAUACUUUAGAAGGAGAAUUUCCCAAGGCCUUAGCAGCUGAAAGAAUUGCAUUUGAUGUGUUUGAUAAGAAGUUGGGAGCAGAAGAUCCUCGUACAAAGGAUAGUGAUCUUUGGUUAAAGGAAUUGACGCAAAAUGCAGUGAUGGUUGCACAACAAGCGCGUGAGGACCAAGCUAGAAGAGCCUCUAACGCAACCAAGACGAUCCCGGUUUCUGUCAAGGAAGAUACUCAGCCUGUUGUUGGUGAACUUCCCAUUGACCAAGUGUUACAGUAUAUUAAUGGACAAGGUGCUAAUGGUGGUGCACGAAAGGGAAAGAAGAAGAACCAAAAGGCUAAAAAAUAAGUCAAAAAAUUAAAAUAAAACGUAUCAUAAUUAGAUUCCCUUUCU